AUGAACCGACUUGAAGAUAUCAUUGGUGUGGUUCAGGAAAUCAACAAUUUUCAAUACAACAAUUCUGGAAAAAAAUCAUUUGUUUCAUUGAGUCUUAAAGACUUGAAAGGAGUCAUUGUUAACUGCACAUUAUGGGAGAGUUACGGAACAAAAUUUUUGGACUUCUACCACGACGAAAAAAACAGUGGUGCUAUUGUAAUAAUACUAACUCAUGCAAUGAUAAAGGAAUCACAAGUCUCAAAUGGAUGGAGUGGAUCUAAGUUGCUUAUUAACGAAGACAUUCCAGAGAUAACUGAGUAUUUAUCAAAGUAUACACAAGGUUACCGUCAAAUGAGCAGACUGAAAAGCCUUCGCAGUCUUCGAAGGGAUGUCUCUUUGGACAUGUUAUGCGUUACUGUUGGAACAACUCAAAGAUUUUUUGUCUCAAAACACGGUUGGUUUUAUUAUGGGUGUACUAAAUGUUCUUUAAAGGCAUCUGAUGUGAACAAUCCAUACAACUGUUCAUGUGGACAGAAUGUAGAACAUGCCAUACCAAGGUAUCGAGUUGACAUAUAUGUAGUUGAUGGUGAUUCCAAAUUUCGCUUUGUGUUUUGGGACACUGACUGUGCCGACAUUAUUGGAAAGAAGGUGACGACGAGCCCAAUGAUAUAUCCAGAUGAUCUUGACAUGCUACUUGGUAAAAAGAUGGCGUUUAGGGCUAAAGUUCAGCCAACAUUUGGCCAAGCAUCUGUUUGGAAACUUUCUUAUGAUGAAGAGUUUGUAAAGGAAAUUGAGAAAGAUUAUAUUACUGAUGAAGAGUCGUUGUCAGCAUAUGGAGAAAAUGAUCCUGAUAAAAUUGUGACCAAUACUCCCAUCCAAAGGAAGUCUUGUUUAUCUUGA